CUUACGACAUCGAUAUUGAAAGAUUCCGAAGAUUUGAAGCUGUGCGUGGAAGAUAAUAAUUGACUGGCGAAUGAUAUAUUUCCGCCUUAAUAUUUAAUACUACGCCAAAUACAUCUGGAAACGGCGCAAUAUUCACUCCUUUCCGCCAAGCGGCACACUCGGCGCCGCACAACAAACACACUCGUCGUACACCGCAUCCAAAACCUUCGCCAUGGCUGGAAAAGCCCGUAAGGAUCUUGCCAAGGCGAACGUGGCCGCACUUUCAACCCUCCACAUUGGCAGUCUCGUCUUCAAUGGCGCCUUCAUCGUCGUCAGCCUCAUCUUCCGCUCCCGCUCACUCCUCACCUACGCCGUACUGUCCAUUCCCGCCCUUGCGUGCCAGUACAUCCUCGAGUCCAGCGGCCGCCCAAAGUACACUACGCUGAAUGGGAAGUCAAGCCUUAAAUCCGCUGGGGAGGACUUGGCCGCGCCAGGACUGACCGAGUACCUCUUCGACGUCGUGUGGGUCACGUGGGCAUGCUUAUUGGCCGUCCUUGCAUUGGGAGACAAAGCAUGGUGGCUGUUUGCCAUUGUUCCCGUAUUUGUUCUGUGGAAGGGCUGGGGACUGAUCGGUGCCGCGAGGGGGAUGCUGGGUGGUCCUCAGGGUCAGCCAAAGGGCGGGGAGGAGCAGCAACAGGCAGCUCCACAGAACAGAAGGCAGAGGAGGAUGGCGGCAUGAGAGUGAAUGGUUCAGAGUGAAUAUGUAUGUAUAUAGAUAUCGAGAGUGUAUGAUAAUGAAUCAAUGGGCUGGAUCUCACCUGGAGCUGUAUAGCAAAUACGGGCAUGGGAUGGUGAAAUGUGUACUCCGAACUCUACUGGGACGUGUGGGGGUGAUGCUGAAAGGUGCAUGGUGUAUGAGACUUGAAGGAUAUACAAUGUCUCCUUGUAUAUAUAUCUCGAGCAGCGUCUCCUUGAAUAUAUAUUCGGUUGUAUAUAUAUUUAGGAGAUCAGAACCAGAACAAUCUGACGUGCAUCGUGGAAGCCAAUAUCGGCUACUUUGUUGAUCUUGUCCAGUGAUUCUCGGCUGUUUCCCCAUUUCGCUUGAUGGUUCCCUGCAGGACCGCGACGAAAUCACAAAAACAAAAGCCGUAAGAGGACUAGCGUACCCUUCCAUUACUGAGUGAUUCAAAACGCUCACAACAGGAGGAAACACGCUUAU